AUGAUCCUUUGGGCUGCAUUUGCGGUCUUUGCUUCCUUCUACUUUUCCCCUUCACUUGCUGUACAAUAUGAUAUCGAUAGCAGUUGUUCCUUCAAGUUAGCCAAUGUGGGUGCGGCUAUAGAGGAAGCAAUAUUAAUGGCCCGCCGAAGCGUUGAGCGCUUGGAUAACGCUGCUGCCGACCAUACUAAUGCCGACGACCAUACUACUACCGACCAUACUGCCGCCGGCCACAUUAUCGCCGAUCACACUAUCGCUGAUCAUACUGCCGCCGAUCAUGAUAUUGGGAUUCUCUUCUCACGUAUCUUCCAUACGACUAUAAGCGACCAAGAAGCCGUUCAAGAUGUGCGUAACAUCAUGGACAGUAUCGCGAAUAUAACACGAAACAUCGACGGAGGGGAAGCCGAUCUAACUCUCUACUGCGACAAUGACGCUCGAUGGCAGCAGGGACCGGGUACCUACUAUCUUCCGACUGAUCCGCACUUCAAACUCCCAAGAGCCCCGGCUUGUCGUAGUCCGGGUACUCUAGCUACCAUGUACUCAGUUCCGCUAGACCACCCCCGUCAUGACAAAUUGUUCGCGCAGAUUACAGUAUGCGAUCGCCUGGCAACUAUGUCAUUGUCUACAUUACAAGAUUAUCUUGGCUUCGACUGGUCAACAGGAGGACUCAUGGACCCAACUGUGAAUCCGUACCACUUGUUAAGUGUUUACCUUUUACAUGAGUUAACCCAUUUCCCGGCGUGGCAAAGACCCCUCACUGAAGAGUCCGGUGUAGUCUAUGAUGUCGGUCCGAAUUCAUAUUGGUGGCAAAACAUAAUUCAAAAGCCUAGGGAGGACGCACUGAUAAACGCAGAUAAUUACGCUUUCUUUGGUUUACUUGCCCACCUGGGUGACUCCGGUCUCAAGCUUAGCGAUGAUGGAUGGCAGGUCGGAACUCUAGUACAUACGGAAUUUCGACCAAUGAUGAAUUUUGGUUUUUUUUAA